CUGCAUGCAGUGCAGGCGGAUCAUAAACACGGAGCACGCACCUGUGUUGUUUCUUCUUUUAGCUUCAGCAAAAAUCAGAUGCCGUCGUCCACGUCCGCCUCCGGCGCCGUAGGGCUAGGGCGGCGACAGCCUCCCAAUCCCAUUGCAGCAGUAGGGGGGCUUAGAAGAAGCGAUAGCAGCAGAUGGUGGUGGGCGAGAUUAAUGGAGAAGAACUACAGUGAUGCUGAGAGAUUUCUCGCAAGGAGGCCGGAAGAGAGGCUGAUCAACGAUUACCUGCUGCUUGAGUCCGCCGCACGGAAGGUCGCCACCGGCCUCGCGUACCUGUUGCUGACGUGGUCCACCGUCGUCCUCCUUGGUGGCUUCGUCUCCGUGCUCAAGCUCAUCGACUUUUGGUGUCUCGCUGCCAUUAGCACGUCAUUUGCAGUCAAUCUAGCAGAUUUGUACGAGUACACGACUGGAUAUUUCCUGGCAGCGGGCAAUGUGUACAUUGGACUACGUGAUGAUCUGCCAUCAUCUAUGUGUUGUCGCUCGGUUGUAUGGAUGCUCUUGCUUGGGGUGCUGAUAACUGUAUAUUCUGUUGUGCUUCAAGUCCUUACUUUGGCGCCGCUGGUUGCCAUAGCUCUUUCAUCGUUCAGGCUACGAGCAAACAACUAUGGCAAUGUUGGCAACGAUGCUGCCAAUUCAGCAAAGCUCAAGGCAUCCCUGCAGAUUUUUUACUCUCUCACCCUGGCUCAGAGCAAUGCCUUCUACUUGUGGAAGAUGAUGGUCGUUUUGGAGAAGUGCUGUGUUUCUACUGUGAGCAAGAAGUGCAGAUUUGGGGAGUGGGGCAUCGCCUUGGUGUGGGCAUACCUUGAAGAAACCAAAACCAUACCCAUACUCGAGAGAGCGCCGCGGGGCAGAAACUUGGUCACCUUUGCAGUUGGCUUGCUCGGCUCCGAAUCGCUGCACGAUCGUUGUUCUGCGCUUCGCAUGCUGGACACGUUCGUCGGCGACAAGGUGCCAGUAGCACCCAGCCUGCUGCUGCCUUGCAGGGGUCCCCUUGAGAACCUCAUGGAAGCCCUCGAGGUGGGCGACUGCGAGACCAGGGAGCGUGCCGCUAGGAUCGUUGCGGCUCUUGCUGCUGGCGAUCAUCUCCGCCGCAUCGACCAGUUCCCCAGAGCAUUGCAUCACAUGGCUUCACUGCUUCAAGCCUCUGAUUAUCGGUUUCCCACAGCUACAACUGCUGCAACAGAAGAACCACGACAAGCAGCAGCAGCGAGCAUUAGCAAGCGCGGGGGUAUUGGACUGCUAUACUUUACCAUCCUAUCUCGUAUCAACUUGUUCAAUAUCUUUGAGAAAGAGAAAAAGGACGAAGACACCUUACCACCCUCUGGCGGCGGACCAAAGCAGCUCAUCUCUCAAGGGCUGCUUAUCGUCGAGAGGCUGGCUCUACACCGAGCAAACCGUGCCCACAUGUGCAACAACAACGUCCUGCUCUCAAAGCUCACAGCGCCCCUAUGCUCCUCCCAUGCUUUCUUCCUCGACACCACCGCGGGCACGGCAGUACAGACUACAGAGUGGGUUUUGACAUGCUAGCCACAUCGCUGAGGAUCAUAACCAGGCUGGUUAGAGCUCCUGGAGAGGCCAGCAGAGGGCUGCAUGACGGGAUCGCAAGCAACGCACAGGCGAUCUCUAACCUGUCGAGGGUUUUGGAGGAGGAGGACGACAACAAUUCGUUUGGCCCAGCACUGAAGGCAGCUGCCGUUGACAUCCUAGCAGAACUGGCGUUGCCUUCGUCAGACAGGUCUGCCGCCUCGAGGUCGAGGCUGCUGGGCAAGGCUGACAUCAUCAGGGGGCUGUGGUGCAUCUUCCUUGUUCAAGUGGAUGGUGGCGUUGACGGCAGCAACAUUCAGGGAGAUGAGGAACAGCGACAGCAGGAUAGCACACUGAGGAAGAAAGCUAGGGAAGCACUGGCACAUGCUGCCUGCAGAACUGCGUCAUGUUGCUGGCCGGCUUACUGACAUGCUGGCUAAAAGUAAGGGCUCUCCAAGUCGAGUUAGGGCAGCAAGAACCCUCGAGUGCUUGUGUUCACAUAUUUCUACAGAACAUGGACAACCUCCAGGGAAGGACGAUGCGAUUGAGAUGCUGACAAAGGUUCUUCAUCUGAUUCUACUGGUCCCAAGCGAAUCAAACAAGCUGGAAACGGAUGUAAAAGGCGACGAGGAGCAGCAAGAAGAAGAAGAGGAAUUCCUGGUGGCCCUGCUAUCACUUGCCGUGGUCAUAUGUGACGGCAUGGUCGAUGAACAUGGCUUCACCUGUGCUGCCCCUAAAGACAUGGUGUCUCUGGUGAGAAAGCUCAAGGACAUAAUACUACAGGCUAACAACAACAACAACAACAACACGUUCCAAUGCCUGCGGACAGUGAAGCUUACCUGCCAGCUGGUUGUUUCAAUGGCACAGCUCAAGCCCAUGUGCAUCAAAGACUUCACGGAGCACGAUUUCAUGGACGUGCUAUCUGAAUCGUCUUUCAAGACAUUGUCAGAUCUCGAUAACUGCCUCGUGUUAUUUGAGGCCGAUGAUCGUUAUCAGUAUCAGGUGACGAAGACUGCAGAUGAGCCACUGGUUUCGCUUGUGAAGAAAGCUCAACAACUCUUCCACAAAAGCAACGACAAGAACCUGGUUGGUAAUGUGCUUGCCUAGUCAAGGGGAGUGUGAAGAAGCUCUGCCUGAUAGAUAAGCACCAUUGCUUACGGUGCUCAACCAUCUACUGUAUAUGAAGGUGUGCAUUAAUUGCCCUCAAAUAAAGAAGUACCACUGAAAUAUUCAAACCGAAA